UUAUGUCUUCUCUAUUUACUACCGUAAUGGGAACUGGUGAGGACUGCAAGCCGCGAGAUAGAGGAGACAUAAGUUCUCUUGAUCACAUGACUCUCACUUCAAAGUACAAGAAGUAACAACCCCGCGUCACGGGAUAUCAACACGUAGACAUCCUACGUUAUUAAGGAACGUGGUACUCUGUUUCUUCAUGCAAAAUUUAUAAAACUUUAUGCUUCAGUUUCUUCGGAUAGUUCGUUUUUGAUAUUAAUUUUCAUUUCGUGCCGGUGAGUUCAGCUCCCCAAGAGUAGCUUUGUAUGCAUAUUUUAAUGAAACUUGAUGUUACCAUAUAUUUUAGGUUGGUUAAGAUCAAUGCGAGGACCGUAGCCGACAAAAAUAGGUUCACAAUGGCAAUUGGUAAUUGAGAUCCUCCUCAAAACAAAGGAUAAGAUUUGUAAAUAACCCGCGCCUUGCGUAAAAUAUUUGUAAAUAACCCGAGGACCUAGCACUAGGUGUGAUUGAGAUCCUCCUCAAAACAAAGGAUAAGACUCCCGUAAUGGGAACAGGUGAGGACCGCAAGCCGCGAUUUAGCAAAAAAAAUAAAUUUUCUUGAUCACAUGACUCUCACUUCAAACUACAAGAAGUAAAAACCCCGCGUAACGGAAUAUCAACACAAAGACAUCCUACGUUCAGUAAGGAUCCUGGGACUCUGUUUCUUAAAUCAAUUAUAUAUUAAUUUUCAUUUGGUGCCGGUGAGUUCAGCUCCGAAGAGUAGCUUUGUAUGCAUAUUUUAAUGAAACUUGAUGUUAACAUAUAUUUUAGGUUGGUUAAGAUCAAUGCGGUUUCGGAAAUUAUUAGUCGAACGCAUAUGCAUAUGUGGUGUGAUUGAGAUCCUCCUCAAAACAAAGGAUAUGAUUAUUAUGUAUUAUAUGUAGUGUACCUAGAUAUUACAUACGAUUUCGUUAUUCUUGGUUAGAUACACUUUCGAGCUUGACAAUCAAAUUAUCGUAAUGUACAUGCAAUGGAAUUCACAUGCAGAUAUGUCUCAUGCAAAAAUGAAUAGUUACAUAUUAAACUCUAUGGCAUAAGAGUAUAUAGAUAUGGCGUUAGACUAUAUAGAUUGUGUUCGUUUUGUCCCAUCAAUUAAUAACGUAACGAAAUUUUGGUAAUGUUUUGAUUUAUGUUAAAUGUCAAUUUUCAUUAUAUAUUAAAAUCUAACAGACCCAAGUUUUAUAGAAAGUUUGUUAUAUUGCUUGGUCCGGAAGUGUAUUUUGAGUCGUAUUAAAUUUAGUAUAUUUUCACAUUUACAAUAAGAGAGUCUUCUUUCCUUAUUUAUUAAGGGUACGUAUAUUCUAACCUAAUCUUAAUACGAUACUAAAUAUAUUAACCCUCGCCUCUAUUAGUCUCCAUCCCAAGAAAAAAAUAAAAAGUACGUUAGACGUUAAGAUGGCUACUAAUUGUGACAACGUUAUCGACUUGAGUCCUGCGAAAACUACAUGGAAAAUCAAGGUCAAGAUUAUUCGUCUAUGGAGACAAUACUCUGCAGGCGAUAUUGACAGUAUUGAGAUGGUGUUAAUUGAUUCAAAUGUAAGUUGUUUUGGUAUUACGAUUCAAUUUUAUAUGUCCAUUGUUAUUAUGCAACCUUUAUUUAAGUGUAUUGGUGUUUAUAUGGUUAUAAUUAUACGAAUGACAGGGGGAUACGAUUCAAGCAACUCUGAAUGAGGUUCUGGUUCCGAUCUUUGAACCUUUUCUCGAACAAGAUGAUUCGAAGAUACUCAUCAUUUUUUCGCUGACUCCAGCAUGUGGCUCCUAUCGAUUAACCAAGCAUCCUUACAAAAUUUCGUUCAUAGCCACCACUCGGAUUCGACUUUGUGACGAUUUGCCGUACAGAUUGACUGGUUUCACCCCUGUUAAUUUUCGGGAAAUCUUAGACGGAACUCUCAGUCCUGAAUACUUGAUCGGUAAGUCUAAACCUAUAUUUUGACUGACCAUUAACCGUUAUAACAAAGAUACUUACUUUUUUUCUUAUUUUGUAGAUAUUAUGGGUCAGAUUGUAGAGGUAUCUCAUGUUGAAAUCGUAUCUCUCAAUGGGAAGGACACGGAAAAGAUUUCAUUACUCUUAAAAAAUGAAGCGUGAGUAAAACAAAAUUUAAGAUAGUUUCGUUUAUAUUUAUUAACGAUAUACUAUUAAAUCUUUUUUACUUAACAUGCUCACCACAAUAACUUUUAUAUUUUCUUACUCAGAGAUGUUAGGCUGCCAUUGGUUGUAUGGGGAAAGGUUGCACUGGAUCUAAGCGAAGCAAUUCAACUUCUAUCUGAUAGAACUCUCAUUUGUGUUAUGAAGUUUGGGAAAAUCAAAGUAUGGAAAGGUAAUUAUUUUAUUUUCACCUGGAUUCUUAUUUUAACCAUCCUUAUACAUAUGAUAUUUUUAUACGUGGAAUACAUGUUCUUACAAGAUGAGCGAAGCGUAUGCAAUGCAUAAAAUGUGUCUGCCGUGUCCCUUAAUCCGUUUAUUGACGAGGUUGAAGCUUUUGCCAAAUUGUAAGUUUGGAAACAUUGUAUCUAAAUAUUGGAGUUGUAUUUGUUUUGAAAAUCUUUUAUCAGUACUGAUUUUCAUAAUAUGAUUAGGUUACCAAAGGAGAAUAUAUCUUUGGCAAUUGUGCAGUCUAAACCACUUUCCAUGGUGUCAAUGAUAUCAGAGGAAGAAGACUACUUCGUGAAAACGCCACAGAAAACAAUAUCUGAUAUUUUGGAGACAAGAAAGGUUUAAGUGUUUUCAAUAAUGGUUGCACCAAAGAUUUGAAUGAAGAAAUCACACCACGUUUAUAUAUAUAUAUAUAUAUCGUCUUUAUUUUUUUUUAGGUUGAGAGGUGCUAUGUGAGGUGCCCUAUAGCUGCAAUUGAAAAUGAUAUGGGUUGGUACUAUAUUACUUGCAAAGUGUGUGGUACAAAGCUAGAUAUGUUGCAUAAUAACUUUCACCCAGGAGGAACCUAUGAACUGGAUGUUCGUUGUAUGCUAUACUGUACUAAGUGCAAAAUGCUUAAUCCUAAGCUCAAGCUAAGGUACUAAUAUAUACUCGAGUUCCUUUUUCUUGAUUAGCAACAAUUGUAUUAAUUCUAUUUACAUGUAAUUGUAUAUUUACGUAUGCUAGGUACAAGUUGCAUUUGGUAGUAUUAGAUAAUACAGGCCACACCAAGUUGUUGGUUUUAGAUAAUAUUGCCCUUCAAUUGCUCCAUCAGCCUUGCUUUAAUCCAACGACACAUAUCACAAGUGAAGUAUGGCCUCUAAUUCUAUUUUUAUAGUAAUGUGAUGAGGAUUUUAAUUUUGAGGAGGUCGUAUUACUAACUGAUUGUGUUUUUUUUGUAGAUCAUGGAACCCAAUGUUUUGCGCAGCGCUCUGAAGAAUUUAGUUGGUAAAACGUAUUUGUUUAAGAUCAUUAUAGAUACUACCAAUUAUCAGUGCGAGGACGACACGUUCAAGGUUCAGAAGAUUAUCACCAGCCCAUAUAUGCUAAACGAGUUUGACGUGUCCUCAUAUCCUAAGGGAGGUUCGAAUACGUUUUACCCUGAUUUUUCUCAUCGGUUCGAAGAGCAAGAGGGUGGUGUGCUGGUAACCGAAAGUUCUUCUGUUGACUCUCCACCUAAUGUGAAGCCUCCUGUUAAACGUGAAGGAUCCCCAAUCGAAAAAAUAGAGCCAGCCUUUUACCAGAUUUCUGCUAACAAUCAAUCUCCAUUGGUAACUAUCAAGAAAGCGAAGACUGAAAAAAGUGGCUGAAGAGUUAUAUGAUGCGUGUCUUUAUCCGGAAAAGAGUCAUUUGAUUUUUCUUAUUAGUUUUUUUUUGUGUUUGAUUCAUAAACUUAAGAUUUUGUGUUUUCGUUUAUCUAUUUUUUUGUCUGCAGCGUUUUAUGUACUGUUCUUUUAUUUGUUGUUACAUUUAUAUAAAGGCUCUUUUCUUAAUCUUUUAAUGGUAUAUUUUGUACUUUUUUAUACAAUGAGAUACUAAAUUAUGUUAACCAAAAAUAUAAAAAUAUGUCAGGAGACUAUAUCAUGUUUGACUCUUCUACAACCUUAUUGACUUUACAUAAACAUCACGUUUGCCUGUUUUACAAGCAAUGAACAUUUUAUUUGUAAAGAUAUUAACCUUUUCUAAUAAAUUUGUCAAUAAUUAAAAGUAUGAUUCACGAUAUAUGGAAUGUUAAGGUCGUUUACACUAUAUUGCAUUUUCACCAACCACUUAUUAAAUAUGCAAUUGUAUAUUUUAACAUUAAUGACUGUUCAUAUAUAAAAUCACAAUUUUUUGCAGGAUUGCAUAGAGUAAAUAUAACUUUACUUUCUGAAGCAAAAAAUAUAUCCUACGAACGAGGGAAGGAAAUUUAUAUAUAUGUGCAUUUACUAUUAAAAGUAAAUUGGGUUGAUGUAAUUAAAUAAAUCUCGGCAAAUAUUCAAAAACCGAAACUUUCUUAAAGUAUUGUACACGGUAACUUCCUUGCUUUUUCCCCAAGGCUAAGUAAUAGUUAUCACAAAAGAAUAUUCUAAUACCUAUUCUUUUACAACUUCUAAACUAUAUAAAGGGCCCUAAGGCCAUCGACAAUAUAACACAACAACAGCUUCUCUAUACGUUCUUUAAACCAUUUUUCCUAGAAAACUAAUGGCUUCUUUCAGCAGUGUGUCUGACCUCAAACCUUUCAAAACAAUGUGGAAGAUCAGGGUGAAGAUCAUUCGACUUUGGAAGCAGUACUCCGCUGCAGGAGGCUUGACAAUUGAGAUGGUUGUGGUCGACUCAAACGUUAGUUUCUUCAUUUUUAUUGCCCUGCUAUUAACCUUUAGUGAUCUUAUCUGUGCUUUAUUCUAAUUAUCCUUACUGCCAAUGUUUAUUUCAGGGCGUGAAGAUUCAUGCGUCUGUGAAGAAGGAUUUAGUUAAUCAAUUUGAUUCACAGCUGUCAGAAGGUAGUUCAAAGAUAUUCAUCAACUUCUCCGUGGGUCAGUCAUGUGGUUCAUACCGAACUACUAACCAUCAAUACAAGAUCUCUUUCCUUGAAACCACCCGUGUUAGAGAUUGCGAUUUUCCUAAUGAGGUUUCCGGGUUUGAUCCUGCAAACUACCGUGAUAUUCUUGAUGGGUCACUCAAUUCGGACUACUUGGUUGGUGAGUAGUUUUUAAAUAGAAUUGUAUUUUUGCCGUAAUAUCUUUGUUAUAAAACAUUAACUAUAUUUAUAAACUUCUUUAAUAUUUUCUACAGACGUCAUUGGGCAAAUUGUUGAAGUAUCCCCGAUUGACGUUGUCUCAGUCAAUGGGAAAGACACAAACAAGAUGGCCUUGGAACUACGAAAUUCAGCUGAUGAGCGUCUACAGACGGUUUUAUGGGGAAGUUUUGCAACGGAUGUGAUGGAAGCUAUCCAAAUGCGUAGGGAGCAAGCUAUUAUCUGUGUCAUCAGAUUUGGGAAGAUCAAAGUUUGGAAAGGCAAGUUUCGCUUUAUAUUAUUUAUUUGUAACUUAUAUUGUCAACGUCAGUUCUCUCAUAGGGCCUUUUACUAUAUACAACUGAAUACAUUGUUUACUUUAACAGAUGAGCGCAGCAUAUCCAAUGCGUACAAUGUCUCUGCUGUCGAACUUAAUCCACCCCUGGCUGAAGUAGAUUCUUUUCUUGCAUUGUUACCGAAGGACGAAUUGGCUUUAGCAAUAGUUGACCCAAAGCCAUUGUCUAUUGUCUCUGCUGUAUCUGAAAAGGAUGAUUUUUUUAAAAACACACCAAGGAAAACCUUAUCUCAGUUGUCUGAAACGAGACAGAUUGCGAAGUGUAUCGUGAUGUGCACCGUUGCCGCCAUUGAUUCUGAUAUGGGAUGGUAUUAUUUAAGUUGCAAAGUCUGUGCAAAGAAGGUUUUGCAUGUGCCUAACGACACUAUUGAUGAUGAGGAUGACGAAAAUUCCAUAAUGUUCAGUUACUAUUGUCCUAAAUGCAAAGUUUCCAAUCCCAAACUUCUACCAAGGUACAAGCUGCAUUUGAUUGUCGUGGACAGUUCUGGGAAAUCAAAGUUUCUCUUAUUUGAUAAUCUUGCUGUUGAGUUAAUUCAUCAGCCUUGCAUUUCAUUGGCUGGACCUAAUGCUGAUGAGCUUGAGGAACCGGCUGAAAUACCCCUUGCUCUUAAGAAUUUGGUUGGAAAGACUUAUUUGUUCAAGGUUGGUAUUGAAAGAGAAAACUUUGUCUACAACCAUGAUACUUACAAGGUCACAAAGAUUAUCACCAAUGAUGAGAUAAUAUGUGAGUUCGAUACAAAGGUCUACCCAAAGCUACCAAGUCUAACCUAUACAGGCGACAAUACGAUAAUCUCAGAUGCACCAGAGGGUUCCCUCAUGCUAUCUGCUGAGUCUUCUCAAGAAGUUGAACGAACUGAUCUUACUCCAGCAAAACGCCGAGGGACGUCUAUUGUUAACUUGGAAGAAGCAGAUGAUCAGAAUUCGGUUACAAGGAUUCCAUGUAGUACUAGAAUCAAGAAGGAAAAGAUUGAAAAAAGUGGCUAACGCGUUCCAGCAGGAUGACAUGUUUUUAGAGGCUUUGUCCCCGAUUAUUUACUCAUGUUUUUGA